GGUUGGUAACGCUGAAAGUUGACUUAAUCGAAAUUCCGUCCGUCGACGAUGAGUGCUCUCCGGUUCUGGCUACCACUUGCCCUCCAGCUCACGGCGUGUACCUGUCAAUAUAGAUAUGGGCCAGACCGUUCGUGGGAUCUGCGCUCCACCGCCGAGCUGAAAAACAAGGAAUUUUGGUUCCAUGAUGCCCAGCACACACUUUACGAGAAGCUAUCAACGCCUCCAAAUCAAUAUCGGGCCAAGAAUGUGAUAUUCUUUCUGGGCGAUGGAAUGUCCGUGCCUACGGUUACCGCUGGACGCAUCUUUGACGGACAACUUCGAGGAGUGGUGGGCGAACGUAACCAGCUGGAGUUUGAGAAGUUCAACUAUGUGGGUCUCUCUAAGACGUACUGCGUCAACAAGCAAGUAGCCGACUCCGCCUGCACGGCCUCUGCCUAUCUGUCUGGGAUCAAGGCCAAUUAUUUGACCAUUGGUGUGACAGCCGACGUGGAGUUGAAUGACUGUCCUGCUGCGCGGAAGCCCCAGAAUCGACUCUCCUCAAUUGCCGAAUGGGCGAUCAAGGGGGGAAAAUCCGCGGGCUUGGUGACCACUACUAGGGUUACCCAUGCCAGUCCGGCUGGGGUUUAUGCGCACACCUCAAACCGCGACUUCGAGAGCGACUACGACGUGACCAACCUAGGGCUGAAUCCGGGAAAUUGUCCAGACAUUGCGAAGCAACUGAUUGACGCUGGGGUGGGCAAGCGACUGCGGGUGGUAAUGGGUGGCGGCACUAUCAAGUUCCUGCCCAACUCCACGACGGAUGUGUACGGCAACACGGGCCAGAGGCUGGACGGGAGGAACCUGAUUGAGGAGUGGCAGCAAAGCAAGCCUGGCAAUGCUCGGGUACUGUUUAAUCGCACCGAUCUCUUGAACGUCGAUCCCCAAAACACAGACUUCCUGCUGGGCCUCUUCAACUCCUCCCACCUGGCCUAUCACCUGGACGACAGUGUGGACACACCCACCUUGGCGGAAAUGACGGCAGCCGCUAUCAAAGUGCUCUCCCGUGACACCAACGGCUACUUCCUGUUCGUGGAGGGCGGACGCAUCGACCAUGCCCACCACGAGACCAAGGCCAAGAAGGCUCUGGACGAGACUGUCCAAUUUUCGGAAGCAGUGCGCAAGGCCCGCCAGCUCACGAAUCCCUGGGACACGUUGAUCGUGGUCAGUGCGGAUCACGGCCACACAGUCACGAUCAGCGGCUAUCCGGACGUGAACAAUAGCAUUGUUGGCCUCAAUUCGGAGUUGAGCAAUGUUGACCAGUUGCCCUACACCGCCAUUUCCUAUGCCAACGGACCGGACUACGAGAGGUUCUACAAGUCUACAGACGGAGAAGUAGAACGUGUGGAUCUCCGGACCCUAGAUUUUACGGAUAAGGAUGCCAUAUAUCCGCACGGUGUGCCCAUGACCGAGGAGACUCACGGAGGUGGCGACGUAGCAGUCUAUGCACACGGACCUUGGUCGCAUCUAUUUACUGGCGUUUACGAGCAGAGCACAUUGCCGUAUAUGAUGGGCUUCGCCUCUUGCCUUGGACCGGGAAUAACGUAUUGCGAUCUUCAGCCAAAGCCAGUAUACAGGGCUUAG